AUGUCUUCUUCCAAAGAUGCAGACCCAAGCUUGGGUUAUCUCACCAGAAAGGAUACAGAGGUGAAGCUACCUCGACCAACUAGGGUUAAGAACAAAACCCCCGCUCCCAUCCAAAUCACUGCCGAGCAAAUUCUCCGCGAAGCUAGGGAGCGUCAAGAGGCCAAAAUCCGUCCUCCCAAGCAGAAAAUCACCGAUCCCACCGAACUCGGCGAGUAUCGUCUCCGUAAGCGAAAGGAGUUCGAAGAUUUAAUCCGGCGAGUUCGAUGGAAUGUGAGUGUUUGGAUAAAAUACGCACAGUGGGAAGAGUCGCAGAAAGACUUCAAACGUGCACGUUCUGUUUGGGAGAGAGCUUUGGAAGUUGAUUACAAGAAUCACUCGUUAUGGUUGAAAUAUGCAGAGGUUGAAAUGAAGAAUAAGUUUAUUAAUCAUGCUAGGAAUGUUUGGGAUCGUGCUGUUACGCUUUUGCCUCGAGUGGAUCAGUUGUGGUAUAAGUAUAUUCAUAUGGAGGAGGUGCUUGGGAAUGUUGCUGGGGCGAGGCAGGUAUUUGAGAGGUGGAUGAAAUGGAUGCCGGAUCAGCAAGGAUGGUUGUCUUAUAUCAAAUUUGAAUUAAGAUAUAAUGAAAUUGAACGAGCUAGAGGAAUUUUUGAGCGAUUUGUUUUGUGUCACCCUAGGGUUGGUGCUUGGAUACGAUAUGCCAAGUUUGAGAUGAAAAAUGGUGAGGUUCCUAGGUCGAGGAAUGUAUAUGAAAGAGCGGUGGAGAAGCUUGCUGAUGACGAGGAAGCCGAGCAACUUUUUGUGGCGUUUGCUGAGUUUAAAGAAAGGUGCAAGGAGGCCGAGCGUGCGAGGUGUAUAUAUAAGUUUGCACUUGAUCAUAUUCCGAAGGCAAGGGCUGAAGAUUUGUAUCGAAAAUUUGUGGCAUUUGAAAAGCAGUAUGGUGUUAGGGAGGGAAUUGAGGAUGCUAUUGUUGGGAAGAGGAGGUUUCAAUAUGAACAUGAAGUGAGGAAAAAUCCUUUGAAUUAUGAUUCUUUGUUUGACUAUAUAAGAUUGGAAGAGAGUGUGGGGAAUAAGGGAAGAACUAGGGAGGUUUAUGAGAGAGCUAUAGCUAAUGUUCCACCAAUACUAGUAAGUGAACUGACCUGCCAAAGUUUGUCAUGGAAUAAAGCAAGGUCAAUCAAGCGGUCACCUCUCUCAGAAUAA